UGCAUCUUUCAGUGGAAUUAGGAUCAGCCUCUGAACACAGACAUACCUCCUUGAUACUGUGCUGGGCCAUGGGGGAAAGAAGUCCUAGAUCCAUAGCUAGAACCCAGAGACUUUUCAAAGAUAGUUAACAGACUCAUAUCCUGUAUCCAUUCCGUAUAAUCAGGAGGAAUUAAUCCUGGUUUAAGAAAAGUUAUGAGACUCAGUAUGUCAAGCUGCUGGGUAGUUUUAUGGUGGUUCUCACUGUUAACAUCGGUAUAUCGUUCUGGAUGCUACCUCAUUGACACAAUUGCUGCAAGUAGUUUUAACCAUGUGCCUAAUUACAUUAAUACAUCAAACCUGGAUCAAGAUUAUUGUGAAAAGAAACUGAAAUUAUCUACUUUGGAUGAAUGGAAAUUUUCCACAGAAAUGUUCAAAGCUACACUUCCCAUUGAUCAUAUUCAAGAGAAUUAUGUUCGUGAGGUUCAAGAUUGUAUUUUUUCUGUUGGAUACCCUACACCAUUUAAAUCCAGAGUUCUACUUGUAGCUGUUUCAGAGGAAGUCCUGGAAGAUAUUCUGGACUUAGACGUGUCUGUCUCAGGCUCGGAUGAUUUUCUACAGCUUGUCAGUGGUACAAAAAUAAUCUUGGGAUCUCCACCGCUAGCCCACAGAUAUGGUGGCCAUCAGUUUGGUGGCUGGGCAGGACAGCUGGGUGAUGGAAGAGCCCACUUGAUCAGCAUUUAUACCAACAGAUUUGGAUCCAGAUGGGAACUGCAGCUCAAAGGUUCAGGAAGGACACCAUACUCUAGGAGUGGAGAUGGCAGGGCUGUGCUUCGGUCUUCUGUACGAGAAUUUUUGGGAAGUGAGGCCAUGCAUUAUCUUGGAAUUCCUACAAGCAGGGCAGCUAGCUUAGUUGUAAGCGAUGAUGAUGUUUGGAGAGAUCAGUUCUACAAUGGGAAUAUUAAGAAAGAAAGAGGUGCAAUUGUCUUACGUGUUGCAAAAUCAUGGUUUCGAAUUGGAUCAUUGGAAAUUCUAGCUCAUUCUGGAGAACUGGAUUUGUUAAGGUUGCUGCUAGACACGGUCAUAAAAGAACACUUUCCAAAAGUAAACAUAAAUGAUUCAAAUAAAUAUCUGGCAUUUUUCUCUCAAGUAGUGUCUGAGACAGCACAUUUGAUUGCCUCGUGGAUGUCAGUAGGCUUUGCUCACGGAGUAUGUAAUACUGAUAAUUUCAGCUUAUUAUCCAUAACCAUAGAUUAUGGCCCGUUUGGCUUCAUGGAUUCCUGUGACCCAGACUUUGUCCCAAACACAUCUGAUGACGAAAAACGGUAUAAAAUAGGAAAUCAAGCAAAUGUUGGGAUGUUCAAUCUGAACAAGCUGCUAAAGGCUCUAAACCCUUUAUUCAGUCCCAGACAAAAGCAGCUGGCUUCUCAAAUACUUAAAGGAUAUCCCAAACAAUAUUAUAAAGGCUUUACAGAACUAUUCAAGGCAAAAUUAGGUCUACUAGGUGACAGUGAGGAUGAUAACUAUUUGAUUGCUUUCCUUCUAAAACUCAUGGAAGAUACAAGGGCAGAUUUUACAAUGGCUUUUCGGCAGCUCAGUGAGAUUUCAGAAGACCAGCUCAAGGACCUCAGCAUUCCUAAGGAAUUUUGGGCUUUGCAAGAUGUAGCUAAACACAAGUACUUUUCAAGCUGGAUUGCUAUGUACCUCUUGAGAUUAAAAAGGAAUAUGGGUGAUUCAGACAUUGAAAGAAGCAGAAGAAUGAGCAGUGUUAAUCCAAGGUAUGUGCUUAGAACCUGGAUGGCAGAAUCAGCUGUCCUGAAGGCGGAAAUAAAUGACUUUUCAGAGGUCCGCUUCUUGCAACAAGUUUUGCACCACCCAUUUCAGGUACAGACACUGGCUGAGAGAGCUGGUUAUGCGCAGCGCCCCCCUGCUUGGGCGAAGGAUGUUAAAGUCAGUUGCUCAUCUUGAUGAAAAUAAUUUGUUAUCAAAAUUAAAUGAAGAGUAACAUUU